AUGCAGCGUCUAGGAAAGAAAGGCCGCCUUCAGGAAUCUUCAGACGAGUUAAGCGAUAGAAAGCGACGCUUUUCAGAACGAGUUUUGACAGGGCUAGAUCAGCAAAUUAUUUCAUACAGUUCCAGUCUUAAGACAGACAAACGCAGCCGGAGACCGGAGCGCAGACGCAAAAAGCAUACUCGGCCACCUUCUACUGCUCUGGCUCGAAAGGUCGCCUCCGAGUUAACCAAAAGUGGGGCACUAGCUAAAACGCUGAUAACAUACGCACUUACUCAGUCCUGGGGCCCCGAGAAGAUUAAAGAAUCCAUGCAGGAAGUGGCCAUUUCAGGUAACCUUAGGGAAAAUCAGUUGUCCAGAUGGAGUAAUGUGCUCGCGAAGACGAUGGAUCGACGUGAGGAUCUCGCCAAAUUUAUUUAUUCAGACGAUUUACAUGCUCUGCUCAAACGCUACCCGAGCCUGGGCCGAGUCACAUGCCUUCUCUCCAGCCUCUGUCGUCAGCUGGCGCAACAUUCUGAGGUAACCGCACGACCGGCAGUAUUGCCGGGGCAUCGGAUGCCCCUGACCAUGCAGCCUUCCGUCUCCAUGACAAACCCGAUCAUCGCCAAGGGGAUUGUCGAGUGUUUGGACGCCGAGCUGGGCAACAGGCCGGGCGAUACUGGUCUUCUCUCCAAUCUCAGUCAGUUUGCCGAGCGAGCACAGCUAUCAGGCAGGCAGGUGGAGAACAUGCUGGAACUCCUUCGUGGCGCUCACACUGACUACGAGACAUUGCGUCGAGUUGAAGGUGCUCCAAAGCGGAUUGCUCGAUUGCAGAACCUUUGUGCUCGGCCGAACAUCAUCUAUCGAGGCCUGCUUGACGACACAGCAAAGCGCUGGGGCCGAGUGCAAUUGGAAGCACUGAAGUUCGUCUGUAACGGUCGACUUACACAUGCGAUUAUGGAGGCGAAGCUUCAGAAAACCCCGACAUAUCGGGCCAUGAUGACUGCGUUGAGUCAUCCAAAUCUUCAGUUGGAUGAAGAAUUACUGAUCAGGAUGAAUGAAGCGGAAUUCGAGCCGUCAGCCAAGCUAUGCAAGGCUUGGUCUGAGGUGCGUCGCCAUUUAAUCGCCCUUCUUAUGGAGAUCCGUGAGAAAGAGGGAGGUCUGCCAGACCCUUCGCUAAUACAAAUGACCACUCUGGAUCGUUGUGAAGGCAUAAAGGGCAAGGUGGCCCGAAUGUUCGAACUAUACCGUCAAGUGGCUGAUGCGGAUGAGCUUACGGGCUCCGAUAGCUCAGGCUCCGAUCAAGCUAAGCAGAUGGCAGCUAAUCCACUUCUGUGUGAACUACGCAGCCAGGUGACACAACGUCUCGAACAGGUGGGUGGCAGGUCAUCAGAGUUGCCGGAGCACUGGAAAGCCAUCCGAGCUUUUCUCACAGUGUACGACAGGAAAGAAAUCAAUCUCACAAAUCUGACGGAAUUUGGUGGAAAACGCUACUUGAGUAGCGAUCUGGCUUUCAUCAAUUGUGCAGCCCAACUCUGGGUUGACGAGGAGAUAGAGAAGACGGUAGACGAACUGAUCUUAAGCCAGCCAGAGCUUCCAACUCCACCAGCUCUUGGGAUUCUUGAUCUGCUCAUCGACACUCACAAAAUGACUAGUUUUCAACGUCAACCCUUCUGGCAGGUAAUAAAUGAAGAAGAAAUGGCUGCCCUCGCCGCAGCUCAUUCUUCUGUAGCCUCAUCCAUUUCUGCGGCUAUGCCGCCCACAAUACCCGGUGUUCCUGGUCCGUUGACCUUCGGUCUAUCACCAGCACGCAAGGCG